CUCUCUCUCUCUCUAUUCCGCUUCGAACCCAUUCCAAUAUCCGCUUCUUUCCUUUAUCCAAUCUCUCAUUCGAUUUCUCCACUUCUGAGAUUUCUCUAACCAAACAGCCAGAAGCAGCAGCAGCAGAAGAAGAAGAUCUGCAGAGGAAUAAGGAUGGCGGAUUCCGCACAUUUAGAGAAGAUGGGUAGAGAGCUCAAAUGCCCCAUCUGUUUGAGCCUACUGAAUUCAGCUAUUUCGCUCACAUGCAAUCAUGUGUUUUGCAACUUGUGCAUUCUAAAAUCCAUGAAAUCUGUGUCGAACUGUCCUGUUUGUAAAGUGCCGUAUCGCCGGAGAGAGGUCCGAGCUGCUCCUCACAUGGACAACUUGGUAAGCAUUUACAAGAGCAUGGAAGCUGCUUCAGGAAUCAAUAUCUUUGUCACUCAGGCUGCACCUCCAACCAAAAAAUCAGAAGGACAAAGCCAAGGUGAAGGUGGCAGCAGUCCUUGUGGAGCAGAAACUGAUGAACCUCGGCCACAAAAGUCAAAGAAGCGAAAAGCAUUGAAAGAAUUGGAUAAAGCCAAUGUGAGAAUCUCUAGUUCUGGUCCAUCAGCAAAACCUUCGUUUCCAGCUAAGAAAAGGGUUCAGGUUCCACUCAGUCCUCUGUCCGAGACGCCAAUGAGGCCUGACAAAGUUUCAAGUAUGGGAGAUCAAAGUACUAAGCAUGAAGUCAAAAGAGAAUGUGGUAUGUCUGCAGGAAACGGAUGUAAGCAAGGCAGUUCAUUUGUAUUAAAGGAGAAGCCUGCUUUUAAUGAAAUGGGAGAGCCUAUGUUUAAGCCUUUCUUCUGGUUGAGAGAGGCUGAUGAGGAUGAAGCCAUGGAGAACCUGACUCCAACGCAAACAGAUGGUGAUCAUCUCACGUACACACCACCACGUAAUGCUCCUACGUUUAGUGAUAUCAAGGAUUCAGAUGAUGAGAGUCCGAUUACAAUGACACCAACUGGGGAAGCUGGCAGUAAAUCCAAAGCCGCAGAUGUUUUCGACAGUGAGAUGUUUGAAUGGACACAAAGAGCUUGCUCUCCUGAACUUUGUUCUACACCCAUGAAAACACAGAGUGCAGAUAAACAUACAUUGGAUGGAAUUCAAGAGAAGGAACAUGAGGCAGCCUCACAGAUUGAGACUGCAGUUACUAAUGACGAAAUACUGACUUCUGAUAAAGUGAAAAGCGCGAAUCUUGAGCAAGGAAAUCCGAACAUGGAUAUGCAGUUGCCUGUGUUAUCAUCCCAGAAAAAUGGAAGUGGAAAUGCUAAACAUGCUAGAAAGAAAAGCAUCAAGAAGGGAAAAAGACCAAGCAGAAAAAUCAAAAGGAAGAAUGUAACUACAACAACAGACAGGACUGAUAUUGUUCCAGAUGCAAUCCUUGGAGAACUUCCUACAAGUUGUGGAAAAAUACCAGGAGAUCCAAAUCAAAAGAACGAGAACAAGUGUAGUGAAAAUGGUAAGAGUCUAAAUACAGGAAGAGAAGCUGGCAAGAGCAGUAAAAAAGGCAGCAGCCAUUCAAAGAGAAAGCGUGUGAGCAUAUUGAUGACCCAAGUCAAUGAUGCUGCCACAGGUGAAGCACUUGAAGAGGCUUCUAUAAAAUCUUGCGAAGAAAGUGGCCAUGAUAAAGGAAACAUAGAGCUGUAUAUUGAAUUGCCUGUUUUGUCAUGCCGCCAAACUGAAAAUGACAAAGCUGUGGAUGUAGGAAACAAACCUGAAAGAAGUGAUAAGAAAAUUAUCCGCGAAUUCAAGAGAAAGCAUGUGAGAAGAUCAGUAAACCGAAUUGUCAACACUACUGCAGUGAAAGUACUCAAAGAAGUUCCUAUUAAUGAUCUUGAAGGAACCAAAAAUCGAAAUCACGACAACAUGGAGAUGGGGUUGCCUGUUUUAUCAUGCCAGGAAAUUGAAAAUGACAAAGCUCUAGAUUUGGGGGGGAAAACUGUAAAAAGUAUUAAGAAUAUAGAAGCCAAAGUUGAGAGAAAUGGUGUUAGAAAAUCAACCAAGGUGAAGAGAUUGAAAAGUUGCACAAGUGAAGUUUCCAAGAGAGUUCCACUCAUUUCCAACAUGGAUGAGGAAAAGGAAAACCGUAUCAUCAUAGAACAACAAGAAAAUGUUGAGAUUGGAGGGGGAGGCAUCACAAAAACUGCCAAGGUUCUUCCCAUUGCUAAGGUCCAUUUGCUCCAAAAAUGCAAAACCAUUAGCAGUCACAUUCAGUGUGCUUUUUGUCAGUCUUGCGAUGACUCAGAGGCUUCAGGAAAGAUGUUGCAUUAUUUCAAUGGGAAGUUGGUGGCAGCAGAUUACAAUGGAGGGUCCAAUGUCAUACACUCACACAGAAACUGCACCGAAUGGGCUCCUAAUGUGUUCUUUGAAGAUGAUACUGCAAUCAAUCUUGAAGCUGAAUUAGCAAGAAGUAGAAGGAUCAAAUGUAGCUGCUGUGGAAUCAAGGGAGCCUCGCUUGGUUGCUAUGAGAAGAGUUGCCGCAAGAGCUUUCACGUUCCUUGUGCGAAGUUGACACGGGAAUGUCGGUGGGAUACUGAGAACUUUGUGAUGCUAUGCCCACUUCAUUUGUCAUUGAGAUUGCCAAAUGAAAUUUCUGGGAAUCAAAGGGAAAGAAAAAAGAGAGGAUCUCGAGCAAGGGAGAUAGUUCAUCCAGGUCUGAAAAUGAACAGGCCGUGGAAAUGGCCUUCUGGGUCACCUAGCAAAUGGGUUAUCUGUUGCUCAGCUCUUACAGUAGCAGAGAAGGAAAUUAUUUCGAAGUUCGUGAAGUUGGCAGGUGUCUCACUGUCAAAGACAUGGAACUCUACGGUCACCCACAUCAUUGCAUCAACGGAUGAGAAUGGAGCAUGCAGAAGGACCAUCAAAUUUUUUAUGGGUAUCUUGGAAGGAAAAUGGAUAUUGAGGAUUGACUGGAUUAAAGCCUGCAUGAUGGCCAUGGAACCUGUGCCUGAGGAACAAUAUGAGAUCCAUGUUGAUGUCCAUGGAGUCCAGGAUGGCCCGAAACGUGGAAGACAACGAGUCAUGAACAAGGAGCCAAAGCUUUUCAAUGCCUUCAAGUUCUAUUUUGCUGGAGAAUUUGUGCCAUCCUACAAAGGCUAUUUGCAGGAUCUUGUUGUCGCGGGAGGAGGAACCGUUCUACAAAGGAAACCCAUUUCAAGAGAUCAAGAGAGAUUGCUGAAUGAAUCCCCCACAUCGACAACCUUCAUAAUCUAUAGCCUUGAGCACCUCGAAAAUGGUGAUUCCAGCAAAAAUGCUAUGGUUUUCAGCUGCAGAAGGGCCGAAGCACAGACUCUUGCGAAUGUGAUGGGAGCCAAAGUAGCUGGUCAUUCAUGGAUACUGGACUCCAUUGCUGCCUGCAGACUCCAGAGCCUUGACUCGUAAAGAGCACAGCAUGGUUGUGAAGGCUUUCUUAGGAGAGUUUAUCUGAAUAUAAUGUAUAUGUGCAAGGAUGGUAUCUCAUGAUUCAUGCUGAGAUCUUGGAUCUUUUUUCUGAGUUUGAAACUUAUAUCAUGCACUAAUAUUCUUGGGGUGAAAAACUCAAAGUUCAUAAGCUA